CAAAAUGGCUGCGUCCAUGGAAAAGAAAGCCGGUAGCAGUUGUUGAUCUACAAUACGCGUAUUCUUCUGAUACACUGUAGAACUUAGUCGCAUUCACACAUUUUAAUCAUGAGUAACAUCUAUAUCCAAGAACCUCCUACUCAUGGAAAGGUUUUGCUGUCAACAACUGUUGGUGAUAUUGAUAUAGAGCUAUGGUCAAAAGAGGCUCCCAAGGCAUGCCGGAAUUUUGUUCAGUUGUUGAUGGAGGGAUACUACGAUGGGACAAUCUUUCACCGUUUAGUCAAGGACUUCAUAGUCCAGGGAGGUGACCCCACAGGAACUGGUGAAGGAGGUGAAUCCAUAUAUGGAGAACCAUUUAAGGAUGAAGUUCAUUCCCGUUUGCGAUUUGUUCGUAGAGGUCUGGUUGCUAUGGCAAAUGCUGGUGCCAAUGAUAAUGGCAGUCAGUUCUUCUUCACUUUAGGCCCAGCUCCAGAGCUCUAUAAGAAACACACCAUAUUUGGAAAGGUCGCAGGUAACACACUGUUUAACAUGAUCAAACUACAAGAUGUAGAGACUGAUGGCAAUGAACGACCUCUUUACCCACACAAGAUUCUCAAGGGAGAGAUCCUCUCCAACCCGUUUGAUGACAUUGAACCGAGAGUCCUAAAGAAGAAAAAACUAGAAGGAGAGGAAGCAAAGAAACACAAGAGUAAAUCCAAGGCCACAAAAAAUUUCAGCUUGCUGUCAUUUGGGGAGGAGGCAGAGGAAGAUGAGGAGCAGACGGAUAAAGCAUCAAAGACGAUGCGAGGAAAGAGUAAAAGCAGCCAUGAUCUGAUAGACGACCCUCGGCUGAGUUCUGUCCCAGCCCUGGAGACAGAUGAGAGACCAGAUGGCGGCAAAAAGAGAAAGUCGGGCGGAGAAACAGAGGGCUCUGACACAGGCGAUGACAGUAAAGAGAAGUCAUUAGAGGUUGUGAGGAAGAAACUCAAGAUAGAUGAGAUGGACAAGAAGAAGGAUGUCGGUGGGAAGGAAGACAAGAAGAAAGAAGACAGAAAAAAGGAAGACAGCGACAGAGAGUCAGAAAAACCAAAGCCAGCAAACAGUGAGGAGCUGAAAAAGGAGUCAAAGCAUUUACAAAAGGAACUGUCAGAAGCUAAACGGAAGAGUGAGAGAAAGACAGACGAAAAGCAGGAGAAACAAGAAGACCCAAAAGAAGCAAAGAAGGAUGUGAAGUCUGAAGGAAAGACAAAAGACACAAAAGACAAAGGGAAGAAAGGAGCAGAUAUAGAGAUGAUGCCCAAGGUGGACAUGCUGGAGGAGUACAAGCAGGAGCGGCAGAAGUACAAGGACCUGCGACAGAAGCAGAGCAAGAAGGGGUCCAGUCGGGAGGCAGACACACUUGCCAUGCUCGCCAAGUUCCAGAAUAAACUUGAGAAUGUCAGGAAGUUAGCUACAGACGAUGAUGAAGAGGAAAUGGAGGAAGAGAAGAAAGAAGCAGAAGCAGAAGAAGAACUGGAAGAUGAUGAUAUGUCCUGGUUGGGACACAAAUUACAUUUUGAGGACAAAUCCAGGAAAGUCAUUGAUGCCAAUAUAACUGAUGAGGACAGAUAUGAAAUUUACGAUCCUCGAAAUCCGCUAAAUAAGCGGAGAAGAGAAGCCAGCAAACAGACUUCUCGGGACAGACGGUAACAAUGAUUCCUCAGUAACAUGCCGGGGUGUUCCAGGCACAGACGAUAACGGUGACUCUCUGAACUACUAGGAGAGUGUUCAUGGAGACAGACAGUUGACGUGAGGAACGUGCGCCUUGUGAUGUAUCCGCUCAAAACAACCCUAGUUUCUCAUUGGGGGAUUAUCAUCAUGCAUUAUGUUCACUGGUGAUUUCAUGAUGAGUAAUAAAUAGUAAUGUCUAUGUCAGAUAUCAGCAUUGUCGGGAUGUGACAAGCUGGCAAGGGAGAACAUGAAUGGAGUUUAUUAUGUUUUUCUCAUAAUGAUAUUAGAAUGCUGGAUUGUGAUGUGUCAAGCUAACACUCUAUCCGCUGAGCUGCCUUACUGCACUGAUAAAUAACACUGUGAGGUACUUAUUGUUGUCUGGGUGUUUUCGGUUGUCUUUGUCGAAGUGAAAAGUGAAAGUCAGUGUAUGUUAUAAGCCUGCCAAAGUCAUUGAAACAUUUAAAGGGAGACAACUCUAUAGCACCUGUGUGACUAAGUUAGAAGUGAAUGAUUCCAGGAAAGUUAGAUGUUCUGUCAGUAGAAAGGGAAAGCUUGUAACAUUAUGUGGUUGAGCCAGAAGUGAAUGAUUCCAGGAAAGUUAGAUGUUCUGUCAGUAGAGAGGGAAGGCUUGUAAGAAUGAGUGGUUGAGCCAGAAGUGAAUGAUUCCAGGAAAGUUAGAUUGUGUGUCACUAGAAAGUGAAAGCUUGUAACAAUGUGUGUUUGAGCCAGAAGUGAAUGGAUCAAGGAAGGUAUUAUCAACAUGAAAAUGUAACAGAAUAAGGAUUUAUUAGUAAUGAAGUACCACAUGUGUAUGAAAGUGGUUUGUUUGUUUCGUAUUAAAACUGAUGCCCUCUCCAUCUUGAUCUCCAGACAAUCUCCAGACAAUGCUCACUGUAUGUACUGAGUUCCCUAUCACUGUCAAUACAUCGCAUCAAGCAGUGGCCUGGUUGAAGCGAAGGGGAAUCAGCGUGUACAGAUGACAAUAUAUCUUGGUCAGCAUGUGCCAUAGUCUUUUGGCCAUCUGCUCAACAUGAUGACUGGUAUAUCACACCUGGAUGAAUCCAUGUUAUCAGAUACACCUGGAUGAAUCCAUGUUAUCAGACACCUGGAUGAAUCCAUGUUAUCAGACACACCUGGAUGAAUCCAUGUUAUCAGACACACCUGGAUGAAUCCAUGUUAUCAGACACACCUGGAUGAAUCCAUGGUAUCAGACACACCUGGAUGAAUCCAUGGUAUCAGACACACCUGGAUGAAUCCAUGGUAUCAGACACACCUGGAUGAAUCCAUGGUAUCAGACACACCUGGAUGAAUCCAUGGUAUCAGACACCUGGAUGAAUCCAUGUUAUCAGAUACACCUGGAUGAAUCCAUGUUAUCAGACACCUGGAUGAAUCCAUGUUAUCAGACACACCUGGAUGAAUCCAUGUUAUCAGACACACCUGGAUGAAUCCAUGUUAUCAGACACACCUGGAUGAAUCCAUGGUAUCAGACACACCUGGAUGAAUCCAUGGUAUCAGACACACCUGGAUGAAUCCAUGGUAUCAGACACACCUGGAUGAAUCCAUGGUAUCAGACACCUGGAUGAAUCCAUGUUAUCAGACACACCUGGAUGAAUCCAUGUUAUCAGACACACCUGGAUGAAUCCAUGUUACCAGACACACCUGGUUGAAUCCAUGUUAUCAGACACCUGGAUGAAUCCAUGUUAUCAGACACCUGGAUGAAUCCAUGUUAUCAGACACACCUGGAUGAAUCCAUGUUAUCAGACACCUGGAUGAAUCCAUGGUAUCAGAGACACCUGGAUGAAUCCAUGUUAUCAGACACACCUGGUUGGUAUCCAUGUUAACAGACACACCUGGAUGAAUCCAUGUUAUCAGACACCUGGAUGAAUCCAUGGUAUCAGACACACCUGGAUGAAUCCAUGGUAUCAGAGACACCUGGAUGAAUCCAUGUUAUCAGACACACCUGGUUGGUAUCCAUGUUAACAGACACACCUGGAUGAAUCCAUGUUAACAGACACACCUGGUUGAAUCCAUGUUAUCAGACACCUGGAUGAAUCCAUGUUAUCAGACACCUGGAUGAAUCCAUGUUAUCAGACACACCUGGAUGAAUCCAUGUUAUCAGACACCUGGAUGAAUCCAUGGUAUCAGACACACCUGGAUGAAUCCAUGGUAUCAGACACACCUGGAUGAAUCUAUGUUAUCAGACACACCUGGAUGAAUCCAUGUUAACAGACACACCUGGAUGAAUCCAUGUUAACAGACACACCUGGUUGAAUCCAUGUUAUCAGACACCUGGAUGAAUCCAUGUUAUCAGACACCUGGAUGAAUCCAUGUUAUCAGACACACCUGGAUGAAUCCAUGGUAUCAGACACACCUGGAUGAAUCCAUGGUAUCAGACACACCUGGAUGAAUCCAUGUUAUCAGACACCUGGUUGAAGAAAGUGAUUAUGUGCAGGGCACUUGUAUGCCAGAUUCUGUGCUGUAUGUUUCAAUCAAAAUGUGAUUAAGUCUGUGCUUUACGUAGUAGAAAGACCUUGGGAGAGUACGUUAUUGUUGAUACAUGAAGGUACAACAGCACAGUGCCCUGUCCAGUGUUUGACACAAACACUUGUCUGCUGGUCCAAGUCUAGUACUUUUUCUUAAGGACCAGUACAAAUAGAUAAAUGCUGGUCCGGUGGUCUAGUGGUAUUUGAGCAAUGAACAAAACAAUUUUAGGUUGUAAAACUUUUGAAAUAAGCAGCAGACCACCUCUAAACUCGAGGCAGAACCAGCCACCCGAACAACCCUGCAUGGAACAGUGGUAACCUUCUUGGCUGGUUUCUCAGUCUAAUUGCACAAUGAAGUGGUACCUAUUACAACACGUUUAGGUCAGGACCAUUGUGUCUAGUAGAGAGCCAACAGAACUAGAAAUUGUUUCUUUGACCCACUGACAAAGUUUGGUUUGUGUCAAACACUGCUGUCCCAAGUUCUCUGUCUGCUGCUGGGCGCCAUUGUAACAGAAUGUGAAGUUGGUUCUGUGAAUAGAGAUCAUUCAUACUUGUAUAUUCUUGUCCAGAUUACCUUCUCUGAUUGUUUUCUCUGUUUGUGACAAGUUGGUCCUGAGUGAGAGCUGAUAUAUAUUUUUUAAGAAAAUAUAACUCAUGUGGCCAUAUUUUGUUUAUCAGAGAACCUUACCCGAUAAUCUAUGUCCUUGAUGACUUCCAUUUUCACAAUCUCAUGCCUUUGUUAGUGCUUACUGAUUAUUGAGACCAUCAUAUGAUAAUAUCAUAACAUGACCAUCAUGAUAAUACAAAAUGCAUUACAUUAAAGUUCUAUUGUUGUUAAUUUUGUAUAUUCCAGUAUUGCCUUUUGAUGGAUAUCUUGAAAACAUAUUUGAAUAUUCUGUUCACAUCUUUCUUUUGGAGAGGGCACGGGUGGCCAAGUCGUCUAAGGUGACGUGAUUUGAUGUGCAGAGUUGCGUCCCUUGGGCGCACCGAACACCUAUGAAUGUGGGUUCGAAUCACGGUUCGCCCUGAU